UCACAUAAAUCGCAUGCAUUCCGUGCCAUUAUUGCAGUACUGUAGAAAUCCGUUAAAAUUGCAUGGUGGGAAGGCACCGUUAACCGAGUUGUAACCCGAUACCGGCCUAAGUGCGCCGCAGCCGCGGGACCGAGCGCGCGGGACGAUCCGGCAGAGACUCGCGACACGUCCGCAGCUGCUCGAAUCCUCUUGAGCUGAAACAGGGAAGCGCUGGAUCCUGAUGAAGAGAGGGGAAGGGGGUGUAAUCACAACACUGACCGGGACUGACCAUGGCUUUUGAGGAGAUCAAGAAGAAACGAAUGAUGGAUAUGUCAGCGAUGGAAGGAGAGGUCGGUCUUGUUGCGGGUCGCAGCCAAAGAGAGAAGAGGCGCUCGUAUAAAGAUCUGUUGAGAGAGGAAGAAGAAAUCGCAGCGCAGGUGCGCAAAACCUCCAAGAAACCCCUCAAGGAUUCUGAGCUUUUCCUAUUAGGAGGAGACUCUCACAAGAAGAAAAAGAAACACUUGAGUGAUGACCACUAUGACAGAGAUCAUCAGAGCUCUGGUCAGACGCCCCACAAGAAGAAGCGCAAGUCUUCAGAUCGCUCGCCUUCGCUCUCCUCCUCGUCCUCCUCUCAUCCGUCCCACUCCACAGACACCGCUAUGGGCCUCCUGGAGGCCAUCACCUCCCCGCUGACCACGGGCUCCGAGCCCACCCUUCACCUCCACAAAAAACCCUCCUACCCUCCCCACACCUCCUCACACUCCUCCAAAGACCGCAAACAUGACGGCAGCUCCAAGAGCAGUCACUCCUACUCACACUCUCGUCCGCCCGGCUCAUCGUCGUCUAAAAAACAUUCCUCCUCCUCGAAGUCUCUGCUGUUCCACGGAGGAGCUGGGAAAGGAGAGCCGCUGACGCUCUGUGAAGCUGAAGGCCUCAAGAUGAAGCUCGUCCUUUCCUCAAAAGAGAAGAACGAAAGUGUAGGGGGGAACGAGGGAUUCUCCUUCCCGACACAUUCUUCUUCCUCUUCGGGUGUCGUAGGCCAUCAUCCGUCCUCCAGCUCGAAGAAAGGAGGGAUAAAGAAGGAGAAAGACAAAGAUAAAAUGAUGCCGAAGCCACCAAAGAAAAAGCAGCACAGCCGAGAGCCGUUGCCUGAAGUGGGGAAAGAGGUGGAGGUGGUGGGUCAUUACGGCGGCUCUUACGCAGGCAGCUCGUCUUCAGCAGGAGAACUAGAGGCCGGCGAGCUGGUGAUUGACGACUCCUACACACAUCUCUCGAAAAAGAAGAAAAAGAGCAAGAAGAGCAAAAAGAAAAAAGAUAAAGAGCGAGACCGAGACCGAGACCGAGAGAAAGGAUCCAGAGAGAAGAAACACAGCAAAGGAGGAAGUGGAGGGAAGAAAAGCUGUCCAGGUGAUCAGUCUAGAAGCCACGCCCACUCUCACAGCUCCUCCAAUCACAGCUCUUCUGGUGGGAUGUUCGUGAUGGCUCCACCCACCUCAUCCCAUCCCCAUCAAAGCAUUGAACUGGUGGGCGAGAAGAAGAAAAAGAAGGAGGAAAAGGACAGAGACAAGCAUGACAAGGACAAGCCAAAGAAGAAGAACACGACGGCCUAUCAGGUGUUCUGUAAGGAGUACAGGGUCAAUAUCAACGCGGAGCAGCCCGGAUUAGUCUUCGGGGAGCUGAGUAAGAAACUCGCAGAAGUGUGGAAUCAGCUGCCUGAAAAAGACAAACUGGUUUGGAGACAGAAAGCUCAAUAUCUCCAGCACAAGCAGAAUAAAGCUGAAGCUAUGACAGUCAAGCGGAAAACUUUAGCAACCUCAGACAGUAAAAGUAAAGGCUCCAGUAAAGCUGUCAGUUUGGGAGCAGGGUUGGCCCCGCUGGGCCGCUCGUCUCUGGGAAUGUCUUUGUCUCCGGCGCGGAUACCUGAUGUGGAUCCCAUAGAUGCAGCAGCUCACCUGCAGCUGCUGGGCGAAUCGCUGUCUCUGAUUGGACAUCGACUUCAGGAGACGGAGGGGAUGGUGGCAGUGUCUGGCAGUCUUUCAGUGCUUUUAGACUCUAUUUUAUGUGCUCUUGGUCCAUUGACCUGCUUGACAGCACAGGUUCCCCAGCUCAACGGAUGUCCACGCAGUAUUUUGUCGAAUACUUUGGACAACAUCGCUUACAUAAUGCCUGGAUUAUGAAUCUCCUGAAAGGCACUUACAACAGACUGGGUUACAUUUGGACACAUUCCCAGAAGCACCAAACAGAGGACCGGAGUUUCCUUUUUAAACUUUUUCUGAUCAGUGGACAUUCUUCGCCCUCUGACAUCAUCGUAUUUAAAAGGUCAUUUUUUAUUGUUGUAAAAAAAAAGAUCUUCUAUUUUAGAGGACACUUUUAAAGAUGUGUUUAGUUUCAAUGUUUUAAGAUGUGUUUGUGAGAGUGAUCUGAUUCACAUGCUUUCAUAAUGUUUAAAACAUUUGAUGUUUUAUACAUAUAUGUGCAGUUUCAUUUUAGGGCCAAAUGUUGUUGUUGUUGUUGUUGUUUUUUCUAAUUUAGUGUUGAGUUAAUUUAUAUCAACAGCAGUUUAACUGCACUGUCAUAAUUUCAUGUCUUGCAUAUUGUAUUUUUGUAAUGCAAAUGUUGUGAUAAUAUUAUAAUUUUCAAGUUUUAGCACGUUUACAGGGCAAGCAUGUAAAAUAUCAUUUUAAAGGUGCAGUAAGUUUUGUUUUUGUCUUUUUACACCUUAGGAAAUGUAUUCAAAUUUCACAGAUAUUUUUAUAAUAAUGUACACAGGCAUGAAGACCCCAACCAAACCAGUGGACAAGGUCCUCCCUGACAUAACACUUAUUUGGUAUUACUUUAUCAAAUAUGCCUUUGAAAUCUUUUUUAAAUUGAAUCAAUAAUGGAAACAUUUUUGCUUGAUGCAGUAAAAAACUUACUGCACCAACAAUUUAAUUUACCUUUAAAGUGAACAUUUUAAACAAGUGAAUGUUGGUAGUUUUAGAAGAUGGGGAAAAAAGUAAAAUAUAUUUGCAUUGUUAUGUGUAUUUUGCAUCAACUUAUUUUCAUUAAAUCUCAAAGAACUUAA